AGUUGUUUCCUGCGAUUCGUCCGCGCCAUGGGCACCUACGCGACUCUGUGUGUAGCUCAUUUCCAUUUUCGCUCCAAGACAUGCAAACGACGUCCUCCUCUCAAGAGAUCUGCCGCUUCAACGGGUGUAGCAACCCAGCGAUCGACGGCUUGGGCAAGUGCAACUUCCACCGCCACCGCCUUCCGUGCUCCGUCGCGCGCUGCAACAACAUUGUGUACGCCCGCCAGCUCUGCGUGCGCCACGGCGGCAAGCCCAAGUGCGCCCACGACCACUGUGAUGCGAACGCGCGGCCCGGCGGGUUUUGCUACCGCCACACCGAGGUCCGCAGCAAGCGCCUCUGCUCGCAGCCGCUCUGCACGAACGCCGCGCACGCCAAGGGCUUGUGCGUCCGCCACGGCGGCGGGCGUCGCUGCUACGUCGACGGCUGCAGUACACUGGCGCGCAAGGGCGGCUGCUGCGUGCGGCAUCGCCAGGAAGUGACGUGCGCCGAUGCAUUCGACUUGGCCUUGGAUUGGAUCGACGCGAUCGAGCCGCUCGACGAUGCCAUUUUGGACUGCUUGAUCAAGACGUGUGCGAAUGACACGGCGUCGUCGUCGCCGACCACGAUCGAUGUCGAAUGGUACGCGUUGUAAAGCCCUUUUUGUAAAAUGCUAACUUAUCACGUGAUUCUUUUCUUG